AUGGUUCUUGUUCGAGUGGUGAUUUGUGUCUUAUUCCAUUGUGUUGUUGACUAUGGGUGUUGGUUCAGUGGAUUGACAUUCUAUGUUCCCUGUGGUAUACCAUUUGAGGCCGAACCUUUGGCUCUGUAUUAUAUGUGUUGCCGGCAGUCCAGAAUGCCUGGGAUAUUCAAGAGUUCACCCAAGUUGAAGAUGGACAUUCUCACCGAUACUGUCAAAAAACGUACGAGGCAUACCAGCGCUUACAAGAUUCCGGAUAUUGAUGAUUCGGGGUUGAUAAGUUUGAGUUCUCGGUUGAAAGGGGAGGUUCUCCGUGACUUCAAUCAUGAUUAUGGCAAUUUGCUCUCCAUCCUCAAUACAUCUUUUGAUCCGAUGGCUUUGAUCACCCUAUUUCAGUUCUAUGAUCCGCAGUUGAGAUGUUUUACAUUCCAGGACUAUCAACUGGUCCCAACGCUCGAGGAAUUUUCUUACAUACUCAACAUCCGAAUCACUGAUGAUGUACCAUUCGUUCGAGUUCCCAAGGUUGUGAGGUUUGAAAGGAUAGCUGAAGCUCUUCACAUGGGUAUAAAGGAGGUGGAAAGAAAUUGGAAGUCAUCGGGCGGUGUUUCAGGUUUCUCUCUUUGCUUUCUGAUUAGUAGGGCUGAGGAUGCGGCUAAGAAAGAGCAUUGGGUUGAUUUUAGUCGUUUGCUUGCUAUCAUGAUCUAUGGCAUUGUCUUAUUCCCAUCAAGAGAGAAUUUUUGGUUCAUGUUGCAUUUGCCGGUGAGAGGACCUUUUGUGCUCAAGAAGAGUUCUCUUAAGUGGUCAGAUAGGAUUGUUAACCUCACAUCUUAUGACAUCAGGUGGAACUAUUGUGUGGGGAAGGUUUGGAACAUCAUCACUAGUUGCGGUCAAUAUCCCAACGUUCCUCUCAUGGGAACCAGAGGUUGUAUUAGUUAUAAUCCCACGCUCGCUUACUGUCAAUUGGGAUAUGCAAUGGAAAGGGCUCAGAAUGAUGUAGAAGUGUUUGAAUCAGUGUACUUUGCCGAUGGUAAAGAUCCUUUGGAGUUAGAAAAGAUAGCGUAUGCUUGGACUAAAGUCCACAAGAGAGAUCAGACUACUUUGAAGAAGAAGGUUCCUAUUGCUAUGGGUCCUUACAGGAAGUGGGUUGAGGCAAAAGUGGCAGAUCUGUUAAUGCCAUUUGCGAGGUCAUGUCCGUUGUACGAGCAACCUCCUGGGGUUUUAUCUGAUACAGUUGCGGCUGAACUCUAUAUUCAAGCCAAAGCGGACAACAUCCAGCUAAAAGCAAAGGACAAAGAGGUUGGUUUGGAGAGGUAUUUUCAAGACCACGAAAAGGCGGAAUUGGCUCGUAAGCUUAAGCAUGGGCAAGGUGAAGGUUCAAACAUGACACGUGCUCAAAGGCGAUCUCAUGACUUGAUGGAGGAAAUCUUGUACCGAUAA